GACGAUGUCAGACUGGAAGUGAUCUGUCAGACGUCACAGCCGUUGGUCCGGUUCAGAUCAGUUCAGCUCUAAUGAGCCGUCGGUUGUCCUGGGAGUUGGACCGAACCGAACCCGUUGGAAACCCGGAACCCACCCAGCCCGCUCGUAAACCGGUCCGGACCGGUUUAACUUUCUGUUUGGGUUAAGACCCGAAACGAGCCGAACCGGCGGGGCGGAGGUUUUUCGGGACGGUCUGCCGUUGACGUCCGUGACGUCGUCGGUCCGCCGCCGCCGCGGUUCGAGCCGCUCCUUCACCGAACCRUCUGUCGGACCCGUCCGGAGCCGCGGGGUACCCUCCGACCCGUGAUGGAGCGGAAGCGGUCGGACUGUCCCGCUCUGCCGCCCGGCUGGAGGAGAGAGGAGGUGAUCCGGAAGUCCGGGCUGAGCGCCGGGAAGAGCGACGUCUACUACUACAGUCCGACGGGGAAGAAGUUCCGGAGCAAACCUCAGCUGUCCCGUCACCUUGGGAACGCGGUGGACCUGGCAUGUUUCGACUUCCGUACCGGGAAGAUGAUGCCUGGGAAACUGCAGAAGAACAAGCAGAAGUUCCGACACGACGCGCUCGGCCUGGCUAAGGGAGGUAAACCUGACCUGAACACGGCUCUGCCCAUCAGACAGACGGCCUCCAUCUUUAAACAGCCCGUUACCAAGGUGACCAGUCACCCUGGAAACAAGGUGAAGACGGACCCCCAGAGAGCCGUGGAGCAGCCCCGACAGUUGUUCUGGGAGAGACGUUUAAAAGGUCUGAGGUCUUCAGACGUCACAGAACAGGUUCUGCGGACCAUGGACCUGCCCAAAGGCCUGCAGGGUAUCGGCCCGGACUCCAGCGACGACACGCUGCUGUCGGCCAUUGCCAGCGCUCUGCACAUGAGUUCUGCUCCCAUCACGGGUCAGACGUCCGGCGCCGCUGAGAAGAACCCGGCCGUGUGGCUCAACACGUCGCAGCCGCUCUGCAAGGCCUUCACCGUCACCGACGAGCAGAUCCGCUCAUCUGUCCACCAGCCUCAGGAUUACCACCACCUUCAUCUUAAUCCAGACUACAGACCAAAACUGGACCACCCACAGACUUAAACAUGAUCCUCAGCAGGACUCAAGCUCCAUGUUCAGGACAACUUUUCUACAACCAGACAUGAGUCAGCAACUCUUCCAGAGCAACUUCAACAGCAAUAAGAGAAACAACCAAACUGACAACAGCAACGACAACCAGAACUGAUUCACCAACAACGGAACUGAUUCACCAACAACAGAACUGAUUCACCAACAACAGAACUGAUUCACCAACAACAGAACUGAUUCACCAACAACAGAACUGAUUCACCAACAACAGAACUGAUUCACCACCAACGGAACUGAUUCACCAACAACCGAGCUGAUUCACCAACAACCGAGCUGAUUCACCAACAACCGAGCUGAUUCACCAA